AUGGCUGUUCUUCAGGAGUGGAAUAAACAGGCAAUUUGUUUAAGCUGUGUGUUUGGGCUUGGAGGGGACAUUGUUUUGGAUUUUAAGGCUACUUCUAGGAUCCAUUCCUCUGGAAGAGAUACUUCAUUCCAUUUAAUAAACCUGGGAAUGAUAGUAUUGGCUUUAGUAAGAGAAAUCCCAGUUACAGAGGCAUUGAAGUCCCAAAUUGAAGCACAUGAGAGAUUAGAGGAACAACUUGAGGUACAAAAGAAACUACAAAUGAGAAUAAAAGCACAAGGAAAGUACUUGCAAUUGAUAUCAGAGAAAGCCCAGAAGAGCCUCUCACUUGAUCAUAUGAAAGGCAAUGGUAAUCUAGAUUUGGUUCUAUCUACUCUCAUUCAAAGUAUGAAUGAAGAACGAAGAAAAGAAAACAUCAUUGAUAUUUAUAAUAAUAAUGCAAACCCUUGGGCUUUCUAUAUUAGUAAACAGGGAGAGGUAGAAGAAAUUAAAGAUUUGAAGCACAAGGUUGAAACUCCCAUUCAUUUAGAAUUAAACACAAAAGAUAGCUAUGAUUCACUUGCUGUAAAUUGA